AUGAGCCAUGCAACGUCCUCUCGCUACGCGCCGACCGGCCACGCCCGCGCUUUCUCCAUCUCGGACGCUGAUUUCCAGCGCGGGGACACGAUGCUCAAGCGGCGGCGGAAGCUCCCGGCGCUGCAGUCCACUGCCACUCCGUCCCGCCGUUCCGUCGCCCCGUCUUUUAAGAAUCCGAUCACGGGACGCACCAGGUCCAAGUCCCAUACCCGGUCCAAGUCCCGCCCGCGCCUCAGUUCGCACACGGUCCCGGGCCAACUCUUUGUGGCUCUCGGUAGCAAUCGAGCGGGUGGCGCGUCGACGCAGAACACCAACAAGACGAGCUACUACCAUCCUCGAGUCCCUGAACCCUAUCGCCCGGUAUUGCCAUCACCUGUUGCUACCGCUCAGUCCUCGACUACAGGAAGAUGGGACGGCAGCCGUCCGUCGACGGCUCGUUCCCGACACAAUCCGUCGCCUGUUGCAACACGCACGCGGGCUAAAUCCGAGACGCGGGGGAAGCAAGACGAAGCAGGAGCAGUUGCAGUGCAACAAAGUCAAAGAGAGCGCUCGCAAUCAUCAGCGAUGCGAAGUGGCGGUGGACCGAUGAGUCGUCAUAAAGAGCUGGAGAUGUCUGCAUCCAGGACCAGUCGAGUGACGGGAAGCAAGCGGGAACGCUCGAAGUCCAAGGCAAAGGAACGCUCGAAGUCUAAGGCAAGGGAACGCUCGAAAUCGAAGGCAAGAGAACGCGGUAAAUCCAAGGCACAUGAGAAGGAGAGGGGGCGUGCGCGGGAGCGAGAACGUUCUGUGAGUAGCAGUCGAUACUCUCGACGGUCGAAAACUAGUAAUGCGGAUGACCGCGAAGAAAAAUCGACGAAGUCUUCGUCACAUGUCGACCGACGGAGUAGUCGAUGUGGUAGUAGUCUUGACGAGAUUGAAGAUGCUAUCGCGAACGCCGAGGAGGAGUUGAAGCCGAAGAAGAAGGAGUUGGACGACUUGCGUGAGGAGAUGGAAAAGUUUCGGAAGCGUGUUGAAGCCAAGGAGCUGGAGAUCUACGACAUUCAGGUGGAUUUGGAUGCAUUGCGGAAGCGCAGGGAUCGUCGUUUACCUUUACGUCAAAGCGAAAGUAGCCGCAAGGAAAAGCUAGUGAAGCGACCGCGGAGUACGCAACAUGACAGCUGGCAGGCAAGUAGUCGAUCACGUCCGAGCAAGCGUCCUUGCAUUGUUGACGAAGAGAAUGAUGAGGAAUGCACUGAUGACGAUGAUGACGUUGUGAUCAUUGAACCCAACGAUGUGAAGAAAGAAGUGGUGAAUGAUGCGGCGGCGACGAGCACGGUGGUUCCAGUUGAUGAGUCGAUGCCAGAUCAUUUCUGGGGUCGGUUAUCCACACCAAAGCUACUAGCAAACCAUCGCUUCCGUGCGAUUCCAGACGGCAGCGCUCGCAAAGGCCGACACUUGGCGUUCAACCCGAUCCAGCCUCAAAUUUUCGCCACCAGCCCUGACGAGGGAGGUCUUAUUCUGUGGAGUUACCAGCGUCAAGACCAAGAUAUCGCCAAGGUAGUGAUGCUGACACCGUCGUCGUUUCGGCGGAGUAAUUCGUGUGCAGAAGCUAUUUCAUGGAGUCCAGACGGAAACCGCAUGGCCAUGGCAUUUCGUGAUCCUCUGGAAGAGAAGGGGGAAUUUUGUAUCGUGCAGCUCCAUCAGCUCAAGCUUGAAGAUAGCGGCACGCCACAAUCGCUUCCGCGCGACCGUAUCACUUCGAAGUGCACCACGUUACAUCCCCGUGGUAUUUCGACGAUUGGCUGGUUGCCAAGUGGGUAUGGGUCUGAUACCUCCAGCCGUCAAGUGAUCUCUACCGGCAAUUCAGACCACGCCGUUGUGUUGUGGGAAGAGCACGAGGACAGACAGAGCGGUGCGAUGGAUCUAAAGUGGAGUGUGUUGCACCGCGACCAUCGCAGUGAAGUGAAAUCGCUUUGUAUCCAUUCCAAGCGGGACUGUGUGUACACGGGUGGCUUUGAUGGCCUCGUGAUACGAUACGACGUGAACAAGGGACGGACGGAAACAGUGAUGGAGCGCCGGAAGCCAACCAUCUGCAAGAUCAACUCGAUCCUCGAGCAUCCACACAACCCGAAUUUGCUUCUGGUCAGCAGCGUGGAGCAGGCUCAGCACAACUUGUUGCUGCAUGACCUUCGCCAGCGAUAUGACAGUAGAGAGAUGUCGUUGACAUGGGAGGGCAGCUCGAUGAGUCAGUAUGUCGUACCGCGCUGGUCACCAGCGGGUUAUCACGUCUCGUGUGGCAGCAAGACGGGUGUGGUGAACAUCUGGGACGUGCGCAUGCGGGGCAAUAAGUACCCUACAGUGGAGCCGCAGCAAGCGCUUCGUGUCCACCGCAAAACGGUGCUGCAUGCGACGUGGCACCCGCGGUACGACGCCAUGUUCACUGUCUCUCACGAUCGAACGCUUGGGUUGCUGACUUUCCGAUAA